CAGUCCAAAUAUAGUUUAAUUGGUCAGUGGCAACGUGGUCAGAUCCAUAUGUUUUCGUCCACGGUGCACACUUUUUAAAAAUAAAAAAACUCAAAAUCCAUUUUUUGACCUCACUGGUGAAUAGUAAAAACGGCACUAAAAAUGAGUGAAGUUGUGUGUAACGGUGUUUCCAAACUAAAUGUUAAAUCAAAAAAGACAAAAAUGGGUGACAAAGGCGACAGUAAACCCUUACCUGCUUUCAUCGACCAUCGAGAGCAAAUGUGGGUGAAACUAAAAGCCCAGUACGAAGAGGAACUAAAAAAUAAAUCACAAACACCGAUUAAGGUCACCCUUCCCGAUGGUAAACAAGUGGACGCGCUCGCUUGGAAAACCACCCCUUACGAUAUCGCCAAAUCCAUCAGUCGAGGAUUAGCAGAAAGUACCGUCAUCUCAAAAAUUGAUGGCGUACUCUGGGACAUAGAAAGACCCCUAGAAGGCGACUGCAAGCUGGAACUGCUCAAGUUUGAUAAUCCGGAGGCAAAAGCGGUAUUCUGGCACUCGUCUGCGCACGUUUUGGGCGAAUCAUUAGAAAGAGUAUACGAAGGAUUUCUAUGUUACGGUCCGCCCAUUGAAAACGGUUUUUACUACGACAUGUUUAUUAACGACAAAGGGAUUUCGACCACCGACUUUCCCAACAUUGAAACUGUUGCCAAAUCUAUCACAAAAGAGCAGCAGCCGUUUGAGAGGUUGGAGAUGAAAAAGGAAGAUCUUUUGGAGAUGUUUAAAUACAAUCCGUUUAAGUUGCGAAUUCUAAACGAGAAGGUUACCACUCCGACCACCACCGUAUACAAAUGCGGUACUCUCAUUGACGUUUGUCGAGGUCCACAUGUCCGUCACACCGGUAAUGUAAAGGCGUUUAAAUUGACUAAGAACUCGUCUACCUAUUGGGAGGGUAAAUCGGACGCUGAAACUCUACAACGAGUCUAUGGCAUCAGUUUCCCCGAUUCGAAGCAACUUGCAGAAUGGGAGCAUUUUCAAGAGGAAGCAGCUAAAAGAGAUCAUAGAAAAAUUGGGAAGGAGCAAGAAUUGUUCUUCUUCCACGAGCUGUCGCCAGGUUCGUGCUUCUUCCAACCCCGCGGGGCGCACAUUUACAAUACCUUGAUUAACUUUGUAAAGGAGAUCUACAGGGAUAGGAAAUAUUUAGAAGUUGUUAGUCCGAAUAUGUUCAACUCGAAACUUUGGCAGGUCUCAGGGCAUUGGGCCCAUUACGCUGAAAAUAUGUUUUCGUUUGAUGUUGAAAAGGACAAGUUUGCCUUGAAACCGAUGAACUGUCCCGGCCAUUGUUUAAUAUUUGACAACCGCGUACGGUCGUGGAGAGAACUGCCGUUCCGGUGCACCGAAUUCGGAAUCGUGCACAGAAAUGAACUCUCGGGCGCCUUAACUGGCUUGACCCGCGUCCGUCGCUUCCAGCAGGACGAUGGGCAUAUAUUCUGCACUGCGGAACAAAUUCAAGAAGAAAUCACCGAGUCUUUAGAUUUCCUGAACUACAUGUACGGCACUUUCGGCUUCACGUUUAAUCUAGUCCUAUCGACGAGGCCCGAGAAAUAUCUCGGCGAUAUUGAAAUGUGGAAUCAAGCCGAGAAGGCCUUAGAAAACAGCUUGAAUGAAUUUGGUAAUUCGUGGACUUUAAAUCCUGGCGACGGUGCGUUUUACGGUCCAAAAAUCGAUAUAAUCGUUAUGGACGCUUUGAAACGAUCCCAUCAGUGCGGAACCAUUCAGCUGGACUUCCAGUUGCCUAUUCGAUUCAAUUUAUCAUACAUCAGUGAAUCUGGAGACAAGAAGAGGCCGGUCAUUAUACAUCGUGCAUUGCUAGGCUCGGUUGAGCGUAUAUUUGCCAUUCUCACCGAACAUUAUGCCGGCAAAUGGCCAUUUUGGCUAUCACCAAGGCAGGUCAUGAUUGUUCCCGUGGGUCCCGCGUAUGAUGACUAUGCCACGGAAGUUCAGGACAAAUUGUACAAGGCCGGUUUCAUGGUGGAAGUCGAUACUGAUCCCGGCGACACUAUGAAUAAAAAAAUCAGAAAUGCGCAAUUAGCUCAGUUUAAUUUUAUUCUUGUUGUCGGUGAGAUCGAGAAAGGUAGUGGAACCGUUAAUGUACGUACACGAGAUAAUGUCGUACACGGUGAAGUCCCAAUUGCGACCCUUAUAGAAAAAUUGAGUUUAUUGAAGAACAAACGUGUCCUUUCAGAGGAUUUCUAAACCUGUGCAUUCAUUCCUGUGUUUUAGUUAGAGGUUAUAGUUUUUAGUAAUUUAUUCUUAAAUUAAAAACUUGGCUGAAUUGCUUCUUUUCGUACAAACAAUAUACUGCAUUUUUGUCAAUAAACAUCUUAACAGGAAAAAAUUAA